GUGGAAACAAGCGCCGGCUAUGGAACGACCACGAACACGACUAGUAGGAACAGCAACAUUCUUUCCGACAAGAACCUGCAAAUUUGGACCGAAAGAGGCGUAGCGAGGGUGCGACAAUUGCUGCAAAACGAUGGACACAGGGCCGCAGGAGGUGGACAUGGCCGUGCUGGUGUGUGGG